GAGGCCACGGCCAGCGCGCCGCCCGGCGGGGGCGCGGGGCCCAGCGGUGGCGCGGCGGCGUGGCUGGGCAGGCUCACCGGGCAGGUGCUGCUCCUCCGCCGGACCGAGGGCCUGCGGGAGCGCGAGCUGGCGGGCGCAGAGCGGCGGGCCGAGCUGGCCGCGUCGGAGGAGCUCUGCCUGGAGCGCCGCCUGCGCGACGCCGGCGAGCGCUGCGCGCGCCUCGAGGCGCGCGAGGGCCGGCUGGAGGUGCUGGCCGUCCAGCACGCGGAGGCGGCCACCAGGAUGCAGGCGCUCCUGCAGCAGGCGCGGUCGGAGCAGGGUCGCCUCGAGGCGUCGCUGGAGGGCGCGCGCGCGGAGCUCGCGGAGCGCGGGCGGGCGGGCGAGGCGAUGGGCGCGCAGGAACACGCCGGCGGCGCUAAGGAAGGAUAUGCCCCACGCCAUACUGGCUCUCGAGGCCCAGAAGGCUUCUGCAGCCCAGGGCACCGCCACUUCGUCGUGUACGAGGAGAGGCUGUCGAGAGUUGAGCGGGCCACCAAGAAGUCGGGCAAUCGGACCAAGAAGCUGGAGGAGCAGGUCGACCACCCCAUGGGCGUGCUGGACGAGGUCAAGAAUGGCGUCGCGCAGGAGCCUGAGAGCAUUGUCGCUCCAGGCUUCGAUAGAGACGUUGGCACGACCAUCCCCAUCGUCCAGUCCAUGGGAGGCAUUGUCGAAGCAGGUCGUGCAGUCGAGUCUUGGGGCACGGCCCAGUCGAAGCGCCGCAGUGUGGGGGGGAAGGAGCUCAUGCUGCAGGGUGGCCCCAUUGGCAAGCGCUUUGUGCUUCAGAUUCGCUAUUGCGUCGAGAAUAUCGUGGAGAUGGCGCUUAUAAGAACGAGCUGGAAGAAGGCCACCAUGCGCGACUUUAGGGUUUGUUGGGACAUCUCGCAAGACGAGCCCAUGCCCCCAGCUUGCGCCCCAGAAUUUCAGACGUUCAUGAUUGCGGAGGCUGCUGGGCACGUCCGCAAUCUGCUCAUCAAGAAGCAUCCUGGCGAUGUGUUUGAUUGGUCUGCGGUGCUCAGCAGCAUCGCUGGGCCAGUCAAGCGUCAAGACUGCCCCGCGGCACGCCGGGAGUGGCCCUUCGAGCACUGCGAGGGCCUGCGCUGA